AUGCAGACACUCUUUAUUGCCCUCCUGGUUGUCGCGGUGGCGGCAGGAGAUCGGGCUCUGGUGAAGAUUGGUGUGUCCAGGACGACAAUUUCCCCAGUGAUCACCACUGAAAGCUCAACUACGACCACAACAACUAGUUCCACCACUUCCACCACACCUUUAAACACUUUGCCCGCAAAUGUCACGGAACAGACAACUUCCAGUUCCUCCACGACCACUUCAGCUCCUCCUGGAAACUCCACAGGUACCACGGAGAUCCCAGAAGCCAAGAAUCAGACAACAAACGCCACUGAAAUCGUAAAGAUCCCGAGAAGAUUGCGACUGCAACAAUCAGAAAGUUACUACUGCAAAUGUGACUUGAAGAUCAACAUUUGCGACAUUGAUUGCUGCUGCGAUAUUGACUGCACUGGAGAAAUGCUGGCUCAGUUUGAUUGCCACGAGCCGUACAUUUCCGCCGAAGAUUACCACGCUCUGCAUGGAUUGCCCUCCUGUCGCAUCUCCUCGAGUCUCUUCUGUGUGCUCAAGAGCAACUUGCAUCGCUACGACUUUGAGGAAUUCGACGAGUCGUUGGCAAUCCAGAAAAUCCACCGCUGGCCAGACGUCUUGGAAGAAGUCUCAGCGGACGCCGAAGGGGAAUUGUAUCGAUUGCACGACGCUUUGGAUGAGAUAAAAAUCCCACUGUCGCUGUCCGGAUCAAUGUGCCAUGUGCAGGAGUCUGUGAAAUUCCUACGGAAUGCCCACAGCACUUGCUUGCGGCAGAGAGAAGAUAAUUUCUCCACUGAGUACCUCACGAAGCUUGCAACCAUGGAAAUUCCUCCCAGACCAAAGAUUCCCUGCACCGAAGCAUCGAAUUCUUGUUUAUCAGUUGAUAUUUUCCGCUGCCCUCGAGGCCACAUUCAGAACUGUGAGUCAUUUAAUGUGACUGAAUCUCCAGAGCAUUUUCCCUUCGAUCUCACUCUCAAAUUUACCCAUAAUUUCACACUUUUGAUGAAAAUUGAAGCAUUCGUAAUUGAAAAAACCCUACAAGCAGCUGACAAAUUCUAUCAUCAGCGAAUUGAGGUGAUUUUCUCAACGGUCAAUGAAUCCCAAAGUCACACCGUAAGUGGAAAUAUUGGAUAUCUGCUCGGGAAGCCCGUAAUUUUCACCCACAUCAGGAGUGUUAACAUCUCUGAAGACAAACAGCAACCCCUAAUUGACUACUUUCACCCGAAUCGCACGUCAGAAGACGAUGACUAUCAUCUCUACCUUCCGAAAAGUGCUCAAGGAGUCUGUUUUUUGGGAAAUUCCUCGCGAGAGAGUGUGAAUUUCGGAGAAAAUAAGAUGAUGACCUGUGAAAUUCAUCUCUCAGACUCUAUAAAUAUCACACAAGAAUCAAAUUUCACAGAAAUUUGCAGGAACUUCCACGAAAAAAUCCUUCACCAUCUCUUUAUGUUUCCCAAUACGACAGAACAACUCUCCAGUGAGGAGCUUUUCGUGUCUGAAUUUGGAAAUCCACGGAAUGACACGAGCAACUGGAUUCAAGUGGAUUUCAGAGGCGUGUCAGACACCUCUAUUGAGGGAAUUUUUGACUCAACCGAUGAAACCAUCACUUGCCGCAAUAUGAUAAUUAGAGCGAAGCAUCUUUAUCAGUUUGGACGCUUGGAAGUGGCGGGAAAUCGUCAUCAAGCACUCAUCGAGAGAGCCAGUCUGGAUUUUAGUCCCCGAGUUGAUCUCCAGUUCAAGAUCACCGAGGAUUUCCGUGUGCCCAUCUUUCAUGUCGUCACCUUCAUUGAUCUCACACAUCGUGUGCGGAGUUCUGCAGCUUCCUGGCUAAUUUCAUGGCCCAUCCUACUUAUGUGGCUUUCGGGAUGGUUAUUUAAAACAUAUUGA